AUGGUUGUGCGAUGCAUAUUAACGAUUACGAUUUUUCAACUCGCAAUCAUCGGCUGUUGUGCUGUGAGUGGAAUAAUUUGGUUAAAACAAAAACAGGAAUUUGUACAGUUGUUCAGUAUACCGCAAUUUGCCACUCUUCAAGAAGAAAAUUUGGCUAAAAGUCAAGCGAUAGAAAUACACGAUAUGAAAAACGAAGUAGUGAGAGCUGUGUAUUAUGAGGAAAAAAAUAUGGUAAUGUUUUAUGACAAUGAUACAAAAGUUACUGGUAUUUGCGGCGAUUUAUGGUAUCUUCUUGCGGAUUAUCUCAAUUUCACAUUUAUCCCGAUGAAAACGACCAAUCGAGAUUUUGGAGGAAGGCUAGAGAAUGGUAGCUAUACUGGCGUAAUUGGUAUGCUAAAGCGAAAUGAAGCACAGGCACUUAUGAGAAGCGGAUUCUUUAUAAAUCGCAUGGACGUCUUGGAUUACACAGCGGCUCUUUGGAAAAGCCGAUUUCACAUUUAUGUUCAACCAGAAUCGCUGUUUGAUAAUACGUGGGUAUUUACGCUAUUUUCACCGAUAACAUGGUAUUGUAUAGUGUUCCUGUUUAUUAUCCUAAGUUCCGUUGGUUAUUUUCUGCAGAAAAUACCGAUGGAUUACAAUCCUAAAAAGGAAGUUUCCGUAAAUUUUAGUCUAGGCGAUCAUUUUUUCCAUUCUUUCGCCAUGAUGUGCGCACAAGGCUACAUACCUGACGCUUUUUACAACAAGUUUAAGAUUUUGUCACUGUCAAAGAGUAUAUUCGCAUGGCUGGUAUUGUUAGCUUUUAGUUCCCAUCUCAUAUAUCGCAUGACGAAUAGAGAAACGACGCUACCAUUUGAGGAUUUAGAAACUCUUUUUUCCAAUACAAAAAAGAUCCUACUAGCAUUCCGUGGUUCUAUCAUCUACUAUUAUCUUAAUAAUAAAUAUGAAAAAGACGAAAAUCUAUUUGCGCGUAUUCGAUUCAUAAACAUCGCGGAGGAUAUGCAUAACAUAAUUUGCAACAACCCGAAAAAAUACGCAAUGUUCGAGAUUGACGAUCGAUUUAUGGCAUUGAAUAGAAAUGAUUGCCCGCUCAAAGUCACGGGUAAUUACAACGAGACUUACAUAUCGUUCGGAGUUCAGAAGGAUUAUCCCUUCAAAAAAACUAUAGAUUACGCACUCACUAAAUUCAACGAAGUUGGACUGAUGGACGCUCUUAAAGAUCGUUGGUUGGAUAUAAAAAUGGAGGAAAUAGAACAAAUAGAGUUCAAGAUUAUCGACUUGCAUCAAGUUCAAUUAAUUUUCCUGAUACUUUGUUGGGGAGCGCUUAUAUCAUUUGCGAUACUCGUUCUCGAAAACAUAAUAUACUAUUACGAACUAAAAAAUAUUCAGCGUAGACAAAACAAUUUUAACUCACCGGUGUACAGCAUCACAACGUCCAUUACGUUAUGGGGUUGUUUCGCCAUCACCAUAAUUCCGUCGUCUGAGACAAUGAACGGUAUUAUUUGGAGCAAGAUACAAAAGACUUUCGUGCCAAUUUCCAGUGUACCGAUAUUUGCGAUGAUACAACAAGAACGUCGCAGACAGAGUCGAGCACUCGAGACCCACAAUUUUCAACUGCAGAAUUUGACUGUAACAUCUUUCAAGGAAGAGUAUUUUUUUGAUUUUUACGAUAACGAUACGAAAGUUACAGGAAUUUGCGGUGAAAUGUGGAUCCUUCUUUCCGAAUUGUUAAACUUUACAUUACAGCCAGUGAGAGUAAAUGUAGACGGCAUGGGUGUUCCAGAGGACGACGGAACUUAUAAAAAAGGAUUGUUAGGUAUUAUUACUCGCAAUGAAACUAUUGCAAUACCAAAGAUUGAUACAUUUGUCGAACGAAUUAUGGCUCUUGAUUUUACAGUACCUUUUGGAAUAAACAGCUAUCAUUUGUAUAUUCGUCGUGAAGUGAUACACGACAAUGAAUGGAUGAUAAGAGUUUUUUCUUGGCAAAUAUGGGGCAUUAUAUUCAUAAUGUAUAUACUUAUAAGUAUAUGCACCUUUUUAACGCAGAAUAUUCUUGUAUGGUAUAAAGAUAAGUACCAAAACACCUCUUUCAAUGAACAUUUAUUUUAUAACUUCGGAAAUCUCUGCAAUCAAGGCUACAUUCCCGAAUUCCUAAAUAGAAGAUCAAGGAUAUUAGAAGUAACGCUAGGCUUUUUUUGUUCUUUAAUAUACAUAGCAUUUGGUGCUGUAUUAUUUAUUUAUAUAACGAAGAAUGUUUAUAUACCACCAUUCCAUAGUUUCACUUCUUUAAUAGCUAAUACUAAGUACAGCGUUGUCAGUCUGAAAGGUUCUACUGGAGCUAUGGCAUUUAAGGCACACUCUGAUCCGCGGAUUGUACAAGCAAGAAAGGCAAAACGCUUGAUUAUAAUAUCAACUACUGAGAAUAUGGAAAAAUUUGCAUGUUUCUCGCAAAAAAAGAAAUAUGCUAUAUACCAAGGUGAAGAUGAGUACAAAAUGAGAGAACAUGCUAUGUGUCAUUUGAUUCCAACUGGAAGACCUUUGGUAAAAAUAUGGGUAGCUUCUGGCAUUGUAAAAAAUUUUAAGUACAAAAGGACCGUGGAUCUUGGGAUCCUCAAGUUAAAGGAAAUUGGAUUAUUGAAUAUGUUAAAGAAUCGUUGGUUGGGACAAAAAAUUAAACAGAAUUACGAUGACGAGGCAUCGCAACCGAUUGAGAUAUAUCAAGUUUCUUUAGUAAUUGCAGUGUUGUGUUGUGGGAUGAUAAUUGCUGUUAUUAUCUUCAUAAUUGAAAAAGUCGUGUUUGCUUAUAAACUCAAGCAAUUGUGAUUAUUUUCACUUAUAUCAUUG